UUGUAUGUAUCAUCUCACAAACAGGAUAUCGCAUACCACGGCCUUUGAUAUUCAGUAAUAAAUACAAGUACAACCAUGGCUAACUUGUACACGACCAGGAAUCAACUAACUCUAGUCCUCACGUUCCUGAUUGUGUUCCACGCAGGGACAGUUUCAUGCAAGAACAAACUGUUUCAAAAAGUGUCUAAUGUUCCAGACACAGACAAUAGUUGUCUUCUGUCGCGUGGUCCGGUUUCAAGCCAGCUGCAUUGUGCUUAUGUUUGUGCCAGUGAUGAUCGGUGUGUUCUCUUUAAUCACGAUGGACACGGAGAAUGUUCUACGUAUUGCGACGUUGGCACAGAGUUUCAAGUUUCACCUUCAUACGUCUCCGUCACAGCGUUUUGUCCUACGCCUCCUCCGAUCGCCAACGGACAGGUGGUCUACGAUUCACUGAUGUGGAAUAGCGGCGCUAACUACAGCUGUAACGACAACUACUUCUUCUUUGGACGCAGUAACUCGAGUGUGUGUCACGUGAAUGGGUCGUGGACUGGACUUCGCGGUUCUUGUGAGUCAAAUACUUUACCGUUCCAUGGCGCUCUCCUUGAAGCGGUGCAUGCUGGCUGGAUGGUUGAAAUCUUGGGCACGCCUCUCAAUGAGGCCCGAAUGACGAUCGAAUUACGGUAUAGCGGCAGUUACAGCGUGAUCGACACUGAUGUUCGCUUCCAUUUCGGCACAUUUGUAAACAAAGUAAUCCGCAGCAUGUAUAACGAAAAUGGGUGGAGUCAUGAAGAAUCGACUCAACCGUAUUUCCCAUUCCAAGUAGGAAGACCGUUCAACCUCACACUGGUCCUGGAGACGUCUCGAAUUCAAAUCUACGUGGAUGGAGUGUUCUUCGUUACCCGACUGUAUUACGGUGUUGACUUCACGCUGAUUAACGAGGUUACGAUCUUGAGGGGAGCUACCGUUGAAUUAGUUAAAAUAUAUAACUGAUCUUAGAAAAGAAACCAGCACUGUUUGUGAUAUAAUCAUCUACUUGUAACACAUAUACACAAUGGAAUGAAACAUCAAAGGUUAUUCUG